AUGGGGAACUACAUGUUAACCUUGAAGUUAACGAAGUCGCGCAACUCGCUGCACUCGCACAUGUCGCGGCAGCACCGCGGCAUCUCCACCAAGGACCUGCCCGUGCUGCAGAUGCCCACCCGCUUCGACCCCGAGCUGGCCAGCCAACUACUAGCCAAAGCCGGCGUGAAGGUGUCUCCCGAGCAGCUACGAGCGCGCGCGUCGCCCACCGGCCCGCGGCGCUCCGACAUCAAGCUGGACGCCAAGUCCGCCGCCUCCGAGACCAGCUCCAUCUGCGGCGACAACGACAACGACGACCUCAGCCAGUCGCGCUACCAGGACAGCGUGCCCGUGUCCCCGCCUCAUAUUAACAACCUGGCGAACACGACCAUCACGAAGGUGCCUGCUGUGCGCGCGGUGACGGCCAAGGCAGUGGAGAGCCUGCCGCACGGGCUGGCCGGCCUCAAGCACGACGACUACCCGCCGCACUACGGCAACUCCGCCAUACUCGACACCUACAUGCAGUAUUUUGGAGAAAACCUAUUUGGUAUGAACGCAGCAAAACUCGCACAAAUGACAGCUAUAAACAUGGACAGGAAAACUUACGAUGAACCGUCUCCCCAAAUGGGCUCCCUGCCCCCGACACAUACGCAUACCCUCGCCCACCAGCGCUUCUUGAAGCAGAUGCAGCGGCAGUACACCGAGAACAUGAGCAAACCCGACAUCAUGCGCAACUCCGAUGAGCCCCUCGACCUCGGCAAGGAGCGGCAGCGGAACGACAGCAUGUGCGAAAUGGACACCGACAAAAACGACAUGACUGACAGGGAAAUGAGCAAAGACUACAAUGACGGCGACAGGAACAGGACGAACAACUCGGAGCAGGAGCACGACAACAGCGGGCAGGACGAGGGGGAUUACUCCGAGGACGAGCAGAAGAACGCGUCCUCAUGAAAUCCCGAUGCUACGGUAGGCGUGUUGGAUUAGUCGCGUAGACUACGAGUAACACAGAUAGGACAAUGUUUUGUUGAAGGUAUUUCAAACGGUGCUUGAGUGUUAUGUUUUGUGGUCAUUAGCUGAUUCGUUUUGCGGUUUAAUUGUUGACCCGUGGAAUGUCGUUGGUGCCAUUUCCAAUAAUGUAAUGUAAAUUAAACGUUAGGAUAUACGGUGUGAGCCCGCGGCAGAUGUCGGUUUGGUUCUUGUUCAAAUGUUUUGCUGGAUCAGAUGAGAAGUUAAUGAAGGCGUGUUGGUACAGAGCUCGUCGGCGAUACUUUUGUUGGAUAAUAGGUUGUCGCAUUCAUUCAGUCAGGAGUUGAGAUGCAAUUGCCUUUAGUGCACUUUUGGGCACUUGAUCGACGUCACAGACCCAUCUCGUCACGUAGACCCGAGUACACACUAGAUAGUAUCGUCGACUCGCCACUUGUUCGUGAGAUUGUUUUAGUAGUUUAAAAAACUAGUGAGUAGUGUUUUGUAUUGUGUAUGUAAGGUCCCUGUCACAUAGUAGGGCCUCUUACAUAGUAAUUCCAUCCAUCUACCUCAGCAUUUGGGCCAAUGCGGCGACGUUAUAAAUAAAAAAAAAUAUCCACACAAAUUGUGAAAUUCCAUCCAUCUACCUCACUUCAAUAGAUUUUAUUUAAUAUUUUAUACAAUUUAUAGAUAUAAAUAACUGUUGUUUUAUGCAUUUUGCAGAUUGCAUUUAUAUAUAUACUAUAUAGAGUAUAUCGUAGGUAAAUAUAUGCAAGUCAUUAGGUCAUUGUUAGUGCUGCCCGUAGAUACUCGGUAACCGUUACUUUGUAUAGAAGCGCACUCACUAGACGACGGUAGUCUGUGUCACGUAGCGAGUAUUACAUACCCUCUAUAUCAAGCACACUAACUAAUACUAUAUUGAUAUCUUUGUAUACGAAAGAACAUGACAGAGCUUAAAAUGUUAAUAUUGUUAAAUAAUAAGUGCGUGUGUUGAGACGCAUUACAAAUUAUACCACGAUAAUAAUUUUAACGAUAAUAAAUGAAUGAGAAUUAAAUUUUUAGAUCAUGUUUUGACAUCUACAAACGUUUAGUUCAACUCCUUGAGACUGAGUAUACCCAAGGAGCGCCGCGCGCAGGCGCCCGCGCAUAUACGUGUAAAGUUCAAAUUGACCGUUGACAAAUCUUAUUGAGCAUGUAUGACAAUGUAUAUAAAAUGAGGUGAUAUGUAUAGUACAUAAUAAUAUAAACAAAUAGAAACAAAAGCAAUAAAUAAAGUAUACCUUGAUGUUGCCUUCGGAUACGUGUAAAUAGAUUGUGGGUAGUGAACGGUUUGUGUUGGUUUGCGAACAAAUAUGAACCUUGUAAUAGUAACAAGAAGGUUUAUUUUGUGGUAAUGAUGUGGGCUCGUUACUUAAAUAACAAUUACUGUGAUUACAAUCUCAAGUUAGCCUUCAAUACUUAUACAUAUUUUUUAGAGUACAAUGUUAUAGUUAUUUAGUAUAUUGUAAGAUUAUUUGUAAGUGAAGUCACAAGAAUAUAUUUACUUCCCUAAGCAUUAGAAUUCACAUUAUUUAAGCAUUUAGAGCAAUAGGUGAAGCAUUUAACCUUUUAUAUGAGAGAUAUUUGACGUCUAUGAAUUUUUUGUGACACAUUAUUAGAGAAUAAAUGAUAAAUUAGUCCCGAUAAAUUAUUUAUUUUUAAAAACAAUAUAAAGGGACGUUUAAUUAAAUCAGUGUAGCAGUCUUCCCAAUUAAUACCGAACAGUAAAUAUUUCAAAUACAUCUUGUUAAGUAUAUUUUCUAAGGGUAUAUUCACAGUUACGUAACCGGAAGUGUCCCCAAAGAGUUCAUAGACGUGCAUCCUAGUGUAAGAGCUACGGGUUAAUAAUUUUGUUUAGUGUGUUAGUGAGAUUUGUCAGGUUAAGUCUGUUUGGUUUGCGUACUUAUUAUAACCUUGUUGACAGUUUACAGUGUUGCCAUAGUGAUUUUUGACUGUAUAUAAGUUUUGGUUGUUUAGAGAAGAGUGCUUCAUUAAUUAUUUAGUUGGUAUAGAAUACACUUCUUUAUUUAGAUUACUCUGUGAGUACAUUAUUAUAAUAUUGUUACACACGUGUUGCUUUGGUUGGCUCGUCUUCAUAAUAGCAGAUGCAAAAAUACUAGUAGAUGAUAGGGCAACAUUUACAUUUAGUGUGAAUGUUACCCUAAAGACAUCCUGCAACCAAAAUAAUCCUUGUGUAACCGCAUAAAAUACAAAUACGAAUAAAAAAUAGAUAUUUGCACGACAUACAUAAAUAUUAACCAAUAGUCAGUUACCAGAAUGUGAUUAAGAAAUAAAUACGUAUAUAUUUUUUCAGAACACACUCAUUCACAGAUAAAAUAAGUUACAGUGCCAAAUAUUUAAGUUGCAUCGAAUGUUGAAAAACAGACGCUGUUGUAAUAUAAUUAUGGUCAAAAUUUGUUUGACCACGAAUCAAACUCGAUGUAACUUGUACGCACUGUACAGUUGUUGACUCUGCAAAAUAUUAUUGUACCAGUGAAACAUAUUAUAAUAGUUAAGACUUUAAGUCGAUCUUUACGGUCUUGUAUAAUACUUAUUUUUAGUUACCUUAAGAACUUUGGAAGUUCGCAUUUAGUUUUUUUUUGUGUUUAUUGUACAACUAUACCUCAUUAGCAUGACUGCUCAUGUAAAACUCAUUUUGUUACAUUUCUUAUACUAUAAUGUUGCUGCUAAAUCUGUUGUGGUAUCUUUGUUACAUAAAAAACACGCAACAUUUCAUCAGUUUAUCUUAGUCGUUUUGAACGUUGAAUAACAUUUCUUCUACAAUCAUAAUUUGUAUAAACUUAUGGGAUUUUGCGAUAUGUAACACCCAUGCCACGACACGGCGCGACACAAACGUUAGCGCUUCAUAGCGAGCACAAAUUUAUCUUAACCCUGGUUGGUGUAUUUGAAUAGAUAGUUGAUUUCAACAUUUUGACUUAAUAUUUACCACCGGUAAUUUUAAGCGACUUAAUUUUUUCUGAUUAAAUCAUAUGAAUGAAAACUAAAUUUUCAAUACUCAGUUGAUUGAUUUAGUUUGAUUUCGUGAUCUCGUUAAAUCUUUUGUUUGUUGUCUUGUCCAAUUGAUAAUUUACUAAAUUGUCAUGCGUUUUCAUUUCUUCUGUUUUGUAUCGACGCCAAACAGAGGCGCAGGGAUAACUUAUAUUGAAAACGAGGGUACUUUUACGUUGCUAUAAGUUGCCAUUUUAAUAAGAUAAUCCUUGUUUUUGCACCGUAAUGACCCUAGCCAUACGCAGAAGGUAACGUGUUAAUUUGCAUUGUUUUACGAAUGGACACGCCUUUGCCAUUGUGUACAUUAGUGUACUAGCUGUACGCCGCUUCACAUCAUUAUUAUACGAGAAUAAAUAAAAAUAAUUGUUUUGAAA